CCUGACAUUGCAGUGCGCACCAAAGCUGAUGAUGCUUGGCUGAUGUUUGAUUCAGCUUCUAAAGUAGGCUAUCAGGGUCGAAGCUCGCUCUCCAAUGCAUGAGGACUUGGGACAGUAAUUUUAGAUAGCAUAUCUCUAUCUUUGUAUCAAUCAAUUAAUUACACGCAUUCAUUUGAAAAUGGUGACUUUAUUGCGUCGACGAGCUUCGGCGCUGCUUCUUGCGUGGGUUUAUUGUAUUUUGGCUGAGACAACUUUGUCUAACAUCACUCUUGAUAACGAGGUUCACUCCAGCUUCAUCCAGCGCCGUCUGAGGAGCCAGGAGCGCCGGGAGAUGCAGCGGGAAAUCCUCUCCAUCCUGGGGCUGCCCCACCGGCCCCGGCCGCAUAUCUACACCAAACCAAACGCUGCCCCGAUGUUCAUGCUGGAUUUGUACAACGCUAUUUCCACGGACGGACAACAGCCAGCAGGCUUUUCAUAUUAUAAGCCCGUUUUAACGACCCAUGGGCCCCAGAUGGUGACCCAGCAAAACAGUAUUUUCCUCAAUGACGCUGAUAUGGUGAUGAGCUUUGUCAAUCUUGUUGAGCUGGAUCAGAACGUCCUGUCUUCUCGGCGCAACAGGGAAUUCCGCUUUGACUUGUCCCAUAUCCCAGAGGGAGAAGCUGUCUCCGCUGCAGAGUUCAGAAUCUACAAGGACUAUAUCGGAGAACACUAUGAGAAUGAGACCUUCCAUGUGAACGUGUACCAGGUGCUACACGAGCCCUCUGACAGUGAGGAGGACCUGUUCCUGCUGGACACACGUGUGGUGUGGGCUAUAGAGGAAGGCUGGCUGGUGUUUGACAUCACAGCCACCAGUAACCAGUGGGUAGUGAACCUGGACCAGAACUUGGGCCUUCAGCUAGCUCUAGAGAGCAUGGACGGCCAGAGUGUGAACCCCAGGCUAGUAGGGCUGGUGUGGGGCAGUGGGCUACAGGACAAGCAGCCCUUUAUGGUGGUCUUCUUUAAGGGAACUGAGGUUCGUCUCCGCAGCGUCCGCUCUGCCCACAGCCAUAAGGGGCGCAACCCCAACCGCUCUAAAAAACCCAAGAAUGCCCAGGACGCACUGAAGGUUGCUGAGGCUACAGCAGAGACCCUCAGCACAGACCCGAAACAGGGCUGUAAGAAGCAUGAGCUGUAUGUUAGCUUCAGAGAUCUGGGAUGGCAGGACUGGAUCAUUGCACCAGAGGGCUAUGCAGCGUACUACUGCCAGGGCGAAUGCUCUUUUCCCCUCAACUCCUACAUGAAUGCCACCAAUCAUGCCAUUGUGCAGACUCUGGUCCACUUCAUUAACCCAGAGACAGUGCCCAAACCCUGCUGUGCCCCCACCCAGCUCCACGGCAUCUCUGUCCUCUACUUUGACGACAGCUCCAAUGUCAUUCUGAAGAAGUACCGGAACAUGGUGGUCAGAGCCUGCGGUUGUCACUGACCACCAUUAGACUUCCCCUUCUCAGGAUACACUGGGGUUAGUGGAGGAAGAGGAGGAUAUGGGGAUUAUGCAGCAAAACUCAUUUAUUGCCUGAUCUAUAAGGACCUGCUGCUUCAGGGCUGGCGGGAAGACCAACUGCCUUUUAUUAUUGUCUGCAAACUGACAAGUACUAGCAAUACUGCCUUAGCAGUAGAGACAUACUGCCCUAGCAGUAGAGACAUACUGCCCUAGCAGUAGAGACAUGGUGCCCUAGCAGUAGAGACAUACUGCCCUAGCAGUAGAGACAUACUGCCCUAGCAGUAGAGGCAUACUGCCCUAGCAGUAGAGACAUAUUGCCCUAGCAGUAGAGGCAUACUGCCCUAGCAGUAGAGACAUACUGCCCUAGCAGUAGAGACAUACUGCCCUAGCAGUAGAGACAUACUGCCCUAGCAGUAGAGACAUACUGCCCUAGCAGUAGAGACAUAUUGCCCUAGCAGUAGAGGCAUACUGCCCUAGCAGUAGAGACAUAUUGCCCUAGCAGUAGAGGCAUACUGCCUUAGCAGUAGAGGCAUACUGCCCUAGCAGUAGAGACAUACUGCCCUAGCAGUAGAGACAUACUGCCCUAGCAGUAGAGACAUACUGCCCUAGCAGUAGAGACAUACUGCCCUAGCAGUAGAG